AUGGAACAAGAGAGCAAAUCGGAGACGGUGCGACUACAGAGUGCGCAGGAUACACCCCCUGUUAAUGGGGAGAAUGAAGAUUACGAUCCACAUAAGCAUCGGCAGUUGCCAACAGCGACUAAUAACUUAGAGACGCUGGUGCACCUGCUGAAAUGCAGCUUGGGUACUGGCAUCCUCGCCAUGCCACAGGCGUUCGCUCGCGCUGGCUUGGUGAUAGGCGUGCUCGCUACCGUCAUCGUGGGAGCCAUCGUCACACACUGCUUGCACAUGCUCGUCCGCGCGCAAUACGAUGCCUGUCGACGAGUGCGUACUCCUUUGCUGACAUACCCGGAAGCCAUGAAGGUUGCGUUAGCCGCGGGUCCCACUUCACUGGGUCGCCUCACCCGCCCAGCCGCCGUCGCUGUCGACAUCUUCCUGGUGGUCUACCAGCUCGGCAUCUGUUGCGUUUACAUAGUCUUCAUAGCUGACAACAUAAAAAAGGUCGUAGACCCACACUACGUGAUGAGCAUAGAGGUACACAUGGCAAUCAUAUUGGUACCUUUGAUUGCCUUCAACCUGAUUCCGAACCUGAAGCUGUUAGCACCGUUCUCGGCCCUGGCGAACGUGCUCACCUUAAUCGGGCUAGGCAUCAUCGUCUACUACCUGGUGUCUGGUGAACGCACAUCGGAACCGCUGGACUUGUGGGGCUCGGCUGCAACCUUCCCGCUGUUCUUCGGGACCGUCCUCUUCGCACUGACUGCUGUUGGAGUGGUGGUAGCGCUAGAGAACAAUAUGAAAACGCCCAAGUCGUUCGGCGGGCCGUGCGGCGUGCUCAACGUGGGCAUGACCAUCAUCGUACUGUUGUACGUGCUGGUGGGCGCGCUCGGCUACGUGUUUUGUGCUUCUAAAUGCAGUGACUCCAUCACCCUCGACUUGCCGCAGGGGCCACUCGCGUCUUCGGUGAUAAUAAUGUUCGCCGUUGCGAUCUUCAUUAGCUACGGCCUGCAUUGUUACGUGCCCGUGGAGGUUGUAUGGAAGGGAUACUUACUGCCCAGGCUGGAAGCUGGCGGCUCGCAGCGGAUCACGAUGUGGGAGUACGCGUUACGGAUAGCACUGUGUCUGUUGACUUUCAUCCUGGCAGUGGCAGUGCCGCGACUGGGGUUGUUUAUAUCCCUAUUUGGAGCCUUAUGUCUAUCGGCAUUAGGUGUCUGUUUCCCUGCUGUGAUGGAGGCUUGUUUGGCUUACGGGCGGAGGGAGAAAGCUCGCCUUUUGUUACUCAAAGACGCUUUCUUAGUGAUAGUAGGCCUUAUAGGCUUAGUAGCAGGCACUUAUACAGCCUUGCUGGCUAUUGUAAGGUCUUUUGGCUAA